CUCAGGGUAUAUAAGUGCACUCGCUGGGCCGCCUGGGUUUAAUGCUGUGGGCAGUUCCUGAGGUCGGGUCACCCUGCCUCAUCUCCAUCUCCUAUGAGAUGAAUGACUCCCAAGACCCCACCACUCCCCCUGUAGUCACCACCCAGGUAGAGCUGGGGGGCUGCAGCUGGCAAGGUGGGGGCAAUGGGUUCCUCCGUUUUCGCCAGCACGAAGAGCUCCAGGCCUUCCUCAACCUUCUGGAGGACAGUUUUGUCCAGGAAUUUCUCUCCAAAGACCCCUGCUUCCAGAUUUCAGAUAAGUAUCUCCUGGCCAUGGUGCUGGUCUACUUCCAGCGUGCCCACCUGAAGCUCAGCGAGUACACCCACAGCAGCCUGUUCUUGGCCCUGUACCUUGCAAAUGACAUGGAGGAGGACCUGGAGGGGCCCAAAUGUGAGAUUUUUCCUUGGGCCCUGGGAAGAGCUUGGUGUUUACAAGUGGGGAAGUUCCUGCAGCAGAGGGAUAAGCUGUGGGCACGGAUGGGUUUCCGGGCUGUCGUGAGCCGCCAGUGCUGUGAGGAGGUCAUGGCAAAGGAGCCAUUCCACUGGGCUUGGACUCGGGACCGGCGCCCCCACCAUGGCGGGGUUCAGAGGGUCUGUCCACAGGUCCCUUUCCGCCUUCCCCGGGGCCCUGGCCUCUCGCCACCCCACUGUUCCCCCUGUGGCUUGCCCCAGCACCGCAGCUGCCACCCACUUACGCCUGUGUCAUUCAAGUGUUCUUCUCUGACCUCGGAGUGUCAUCGCCUUCCCUCCCAAAAUUCUCUCUCAGCGUUCAAAAACGCCUGGGGCGGGGACUUUCUCCUUGUCUUACCCGCCCAGAUGCAACUGGAACCUGACACCUAUUGCCUUCGCAUUUUCCCAAAGCUUCUGCCACGCCCUGGGCACUGAAGCCCUGUAGGGUGAAGAAUGGCACGCCUGCUGGCCCACUGACCCACACACCGUCAGCCGUGCUCCCACCACUGCCCCUUCCUCCCAGCCUGCAGCUUUACCCACGCUGGUCCUGGUCCCCUCUAAUAAAUUCAUGUCCACAAGACUCCAA